AUGGCGCAGACCAGGGCCACUCCGUCGCGCGCGGCGAGGGCGAGGAUGUCGGCACAGGAGACGGUGGAGGGGCAGGCUGCUUCGACGCGGGUUUUAAUGUCGUCGAUGACGUUGAAGCCCCGAACGGAGUUGCUGUUCGGCCGUGCGGUCUUCUCUCCGGUGAACGUCGACGUGUCGUCCAGAAGGAUGGACGCGUCGCAGCCCUGGUAG